CUCGACCAUUCGCUGGUCCGAGUUUUUAAAGGUUUUUUAAUAAAAAGAGAGAGAGACAGUGAAGAAAACUCAAAGCCCUAAAAAUGGCGAGCGGCGUAGUGGAGAAGACGGAGGAAGAGCUCCGCAAAGAGCUCUUUGAACUCAAUAGGCAACAACGCGAGAUUACUGAGCGGCUUAAGGAUCCAAGAGGUCUUCGACGCGGUGGCGGAGGUCCACGGAGUUUUGUUGCCAAUGGUGGCCGCCAACGCGGCGUUGUUAGACCUGCCGAGAGGAAUGAUGCAGAGGAUCAGCCAGCACCUAAAAGGCGUAUGUCUUCUACUGUUGUGAAGAUUGAAGAGGGGGAGAUUGCUGAGGAUGUAUCCGGAGCUCCAAGGGAUGCAAAUAAGGAAGAGUCAAUUGUGGAGGCAAUCCCCAGGGUGGCACCUGCCAACCAGAAUGAAAGGAAGCCAUCCAAUUGGCUACGAAGAGAUGGCUUUCAAAGGCCAUCCAAAAUGGAUUUUGAUAUACCUCCACCAGAGCCUGUGCCAAGAGUCUUGCCCAAAAACGAGGAUCCUAAAUUGGUUGGUAGGAAUAAGAGAAUGUUGGGGCAGCUGCUGGGGACCUUGGAGAAAUUCCGGAAAGAAGACAUGCAGCUUUCAGGGACAGAGGCUUACAUGCGGAGGUCAGAUUCUUUGAAAAGGGCUGAGCAAAGGGCGCGCGAAGAAAGUGAGAAGUUAAGACAACAAGAGCGGGAGCAGCUUGAUGAAAAGCUGAAAAGAGAUCUGACUCUUCGAGCACGUCUUGCUGCUAAAGCUGAGGAGAAGAGGCUGGAAUUGCUGUUUCUUCGGUGGAUUGAGCACCACAAAAAACUAGCCAAUUUUAUAAGGACCAAAGCCGAGCCCCCGAUCUUUUAUUCUUUUGCCAAACCAUUGGAAGAAGAUUCAACCUUACUUGAGCAGAGAAAAGAUCAGAUAUUCGAGGAAUGGAAAGCUGCAAGGAGAGAGGAAUUGUCGCAAUACCAGAAAAAAAUUGCUGAACAGAAUAUUGCAAAAGCUGAGGAGGAAUGGAAAAAUAUUUUAGAAAGGAGAGCCAACAAAAAUGUUUCAAACCUUCAAGAGACUAUGGACAAAGAGCUAGAGACUCAUAGGCUUGAGCGUGGACCCAAGACUCGAAAGAUUCCUGGUGUCAGCAACAAUGAAGAUGAGGAUGUUGAGGAUAUCAAUGUUGUGGAGGAUGAUAUGAUGGAUGAUGUGCUAGAAGUGGAUGAGAAUAACCAGAGGAGUGAUGAAAAUGUGAAAGUUGAUGCAGGCAAUGGUGAUCCACGGAUUGAUAACAAUGAUGAGCAGUAGAUAUGGAUCUUUCAUCUCCGUAAAGGUUUAGUCAGGAAAUGGGCUUUUAUAAGAAGUGGUGUUUUGUGUUUGGUUGGCUUUUGUGGCAGCUAUAUGUGUCAUGCUGAGCUCCGCUAUGAGGAUUACUUUUAUUUAUGUUAAACCUUCCGAUUUUGUUGUAUCAGCUGAGUGUCUUAUUCGUAGUAUUUAUCAGUAAGAAAAAGAAAGUUACUUCUCUCAAAUACACACCUAUAUUUGAAUGUUUUAUUUGUACUCAUGUGAA